AUGAGAGCAGAUUUGGUUACAAUACAGCAAACGCUGACGCCGGAAGCAGCGACUGUUUUAAACCAGUCGAUUGCCGAAGCAACACGUCGUAACCAUGGCCACACCACGCCGCUCCACGUGGCUGCUACUCUCUUAUCUUCUUCCUCUGGUUAUCUCCGACAAGCUUGUAUCAAAUCUCACCCAAACUCUUCUCACCCUCUCCAGUGUCGUGCUCUCGAGCUCUGUUUCAGCGUCGCCCUCGAACGCCUCCCUACUACAUCAACAACUACAACAACAACCACUACUUCGUCUUCUUCUUCUUCUUCUCCGUCGCAAACGCAAGAACCGCUUCUUUCUAACGCUUUAACCGCGGCUUUGAAACGCGCUCAAGCUCAUCAACGACGUGGUUGUCCCGAGCAGCAGCAGCAACCGCUCUUAGCCGUUAAAGUCGAGCUCGAGCAGCUUAUUAUAUCGAUUCUUGAUGACCCGAGUGUGAGUCGAGUCAUGCGUGAAGCUAGCUUCUCUAGCCCCGCCGUUAAGUCAGCGAUCGAACAGUCGCUCGUUGGUAACUCUGUUUCUUCUAACUCGAGACAAACCGGGAUUUUAAACCCGUCUUCACUUGGGUUUGGUUAUCGUUCCGUACCGACUCCGGUUAACCGGAAUCUUUAUCUUAAUCCCCGGUUACAACAACAACACGGCGUUGGGAUGCAAAGUGGGAUGAUGAUGGUACAGAGGACCGAUGAAACGAAACGGGUCAUUGAGAUUAUGAUCCGAACCCGGAAACGUAACCCGGUUCUCGUCGGAGACUCAGAGCCUCAUAUUCUGGUGAAAGAGAUUCUCGAGAAGAUCGAGAACGGCGAGUUCGCCGACGGACCGCUUCGUGACUUUCAGGUGAUCCGUUUAGAGAAAGAGUUAGUCUCACAAUUAGCGACGAGGUUUGGCGAAAUCUCCGGUUUGAUAGAGACUCGGAUCGGUGGUGGUGGCGGUGUUGUUCUUGAUCUCGGCGAUCUGAAAUGGUUAGUCGAACAUCCGGCGGCGAACGGCGGAGCAGUGACGGAGAUGAGGAAGCUUCUGGAGAGAUACAAAGGAAGGUUAUGUUUCAUUGGAACAGCUACUUGUGAGACUUAUCUACGAUGUCAAGUUUAUUAUCCAUCGAUGGAGAAUGAUUGGGAUCUUCAAGCUAUGCCCAUCGCCGCUAAAUCGUCUCUUCCGGCGAUGUUCCCAAGGCUUGGGAGCAACAAUAAUAAUAACAACAACACUAUGUUAUUAAGCAAUAACAUUAUUUCGAUUGAGUCAAUAUCUCCGACGAGAAGCUUUCAGAUUCCGAUGAGUAAAAUGAGCUGUUGCUCUCGGUGUUUGGAGAGUUAUGAAAACGACGUAGCUAAGGUGGAAAAAGAUUUAACCGGAAAUAACCGGUCGGUUUUGCCACAGUGGUUGCAGAACGCUAAAGCUAACAACGAUGAUGGUGACAAGAAACUGACGAAAGAUCAACAGAUUGUGGAGUUGCAAAAGAAAUGGAACGACCUGUGUUCACGUUUACAUUCCAAUCAAUCUGUGUCUGAAAGAAUCGUUUCUUCUACGUUGCCUGUGAUGAAACUAAACUCAAGGUCGGACAUUACUCCACCAGGAAGUCCGGUACGGACGGAUUUGGUUCUUGGACGGGCUAACAGAGUUUUAUACACACCUGAGAAGAAGACCCGAGAAGGGUGUUUCGGAAAGCUAGGAGAUUCGUUUGAUAUCGAUUUGUUCAAGAAGCUACUAAAAGGCUUAGCGAAAAGCGUUUGGUGGCAGAACGAUGCAGCGUCUUCGGUAGCUGCAGCCAUCACAGAAUGCAAACACGGGAACGGGAAAUCAAAGGGUGAUAUAUGGUUGAUGUUUACAGGUCCAGACAGAGCCGGGAAGAGCAAAAUGGCGUAUGCGUUAUCAGAUCUUGUCUCGGGGAGCCAACCGAUAACCAUCAGCCUCGGUUCUCGUUCCAGGACUGACGGUGGUUUAAACCUCCGUGGUAAAACGGCGUUGGAUAGAUUCGCGGAAGCGGUGAGAAGAAACCCUUUUGCGGUUAUUGUUUUGGAAGACAUCGAUGAAGCGGAUGUAUUGCUACGUAACAACGUGAAGCUAGCGAUGGAACGAGGGAGAAUCAGUGAUUCGCAUGGCCGCGAGGUUAGUCUAGGGAACGUCAUUAUAAUCCUUACCGCGAAUUCAUCGUUCGGUUCAGCUGAAAACGUUACUCCUAUCGAUGAAACAAGACUAGAGUCUCUGGUGGUGAGCAAAGGAUGGCAGUUAAGGCUCUCUGUUUGCAACAGCAGCAAAAACCGAAAACGAAAACCGAACUGGCUUUAUAGCGACAAUGAACAAACAAAGCAGAGGAAAGAGAUCUGUUUCGACUUAAACGAGGCAGCCGAAUUCGAUUCAUCAAGCGAUGUAACGGUCGAGCACGAUCAAGAAGAUAAUAAUGGCAACCUUGUUCAGAAGCUAGUGGCUUUAGCAGAUGAUACCAUACUCUUUAGACCGGUCGAUUUUGAUUCUAUCAAGAACCGAACGGCGGAAUCUUUAAAGAAACGUUUCUCUAACGGUCCCGUGGAUGGAUUAACAACGGUGGAGAUCGAAGACGACGCUUUAGAGAGAAUAGCUGGUGCGAUUUGGCUAAGUAAGAUCAGCUUAGAGGAAUGGGUUGAAGAAGCAAUGGGUUCGAGUUUGAAUACCGUGAAAUCUCGAGUGUCGUAUUCGGAAGAUUCAGUGAUCAGGAUUGAGCUUGAAGAUGAUCUGAGUGAUAGAAUCUCCGGAGGCUAUCUUCCGAGUAGUAUCAGAACGGUGAUCGUUUGAUUCUUUUUUUUUUUGUGUUUCCGGUGAAAGAUAGUUUCGUAAUUAUGAGAAUUGGUGAGGGUAAAGAUGUAAAUACUAUGAUGUCUCCGAACUGUCUUUUGGCGGGGUCAGGAAGAGUUCGGUAAAAUAUUUAAACGGUUAAAAAAAAAAGGUUAUAAAAAUAAUAACUCACAGACUUUAUUAUA